AUGUUUAUGGUAUUAAUCUCAAAAAAGGAAUUUGAAUUAUUAAAAUUAUAAGUAUUAAUGUUGGUUCUAUUCACAAUAUUUACCAUCACAUAUGCCCGAUUACUCCAAAGAGGACCCCCUCCUAGGAAUGACGAUAAUAGGAGAUAGCACAAUAGCACAAUCAAUGAAUUAUUUGAGAAUUUAGCUAAGAACCUAGAUUAGGAUUAAAAGGAUGAAUUAUCAUUUAUCAACAGCUAUAUAUUUGAUUAAGGAUAUCAAUAUUACAUGAAAUAAAAUCAAGAAAGAAAAGAAAAAAUUCUGGUUGCCUUCUUAGGUAUGGCCGAAGAAUUAGAUAAAUAAACAGAAUAAGAAAAUAAGAGAAUUGAAAAUGAUAUUGAAUAUUUUAGUUCUCUCAAUAAUACAGAUAAAGAUAUCGUAUUAACCAAGAUUUCCAAAGAAUUAGAAAGAAAUUUAAAUGAUACUACAAAACAGUUCACUAGCAAGUAGGUUUUGAACAUUAUCCAAAAACAAAUUGAAGAUUUUAAGGCUAAACCUGAUAGAUCAAUUUUAUCAACAUGGGAUACAACAAGUUCUAUUUAAAAGUAAAAGAAAGAGGAAUAAGAAUUAGAAGAGAUUGAAUAUCAAAUUUAAGAGUUCUUAGAUUAAGGCUUAUCUGAUGAAGAAGUAAAAAAGAAUAUUACUUUAUUUAUUAAUCAAUACUUUAAUGGAACUCAAAACCUGCCAGGUGAUAUAAAAAAUAUAGAUUAGAUUAUCAAAGAUAUGUCUCAACAAGAGAAAUAAAAGAAUUCUACUGAAACAUUCAGAAACAUUAGACAAGAAAUAAGAUAAAUUAUAAGAGACUCACUUAGAGAAGGGAAAUCAGAAGAUGAAAUCAAGGAAACAAUUCAAGAAUUUCUGAAUUAAAAAGGCUUCUAGAACCUCAAUUAAAAUUAAAAAGAAUAGAUUCAAUCAAUGAUUUCAAAUGAGUUCAUCAGAUUUAAAAGAUAAGAAGACUAUAAAAAUAAAGUAUCUUAAAAUUCUACUUAAUCAGAAGACGACAACGAAGAUGAUGAUCCUAUUGAUACAACUACAAAUGGUAACUCAGAAGAAUAACAUACCUUAAUUUAUGUUGGAGUAUUCGGUGCACUUAUAUUUGUGAUGAUUCUACUUUUUGUAAUUAGAAGGUACAAGAUGAAGUAAAACUAAAGUAAACAAAUUAGAUUCAAAAUCCAAGAGAGUUAAUAAGAAGUAGAAUAAAUGGAAUGA